UCACUGAACUCAUAACAGUACAAAUUAUAUGUUUCUUCGGAGUUCUUUAGCAAUUUGGCAUUGAUUGCGGUAGGCAUCAGUGACAACUGAUCCAGGGACAACUGAACCUGACUGAACCAGUAAAAACUGAACCAGGGACAAUUCUGAACCAGCGAAAACUGGACAAGCCACAGCUGAUCUAGUGACAACUGAUUAGAGUGGAUAGAACUGCAAAGAGCUCUAUUUCUGCCACACAAAUAGUGAUGGCACAUUCAGGGUGGUGUUCCAGUGAGGAAUGGAACCAAAUGAGUGUGAUGGUAUGCAGCAUUCUAGAUGAACCAGGAGAUGCUUCAAAACUGGAGCUGGCAAUCAGUGCACUGAACUGCCUCAUGUCAAGGUCGCCGGCUCCGCCUACCGGCGCGCUGAUGACGGUCGAGCUUCUCCAGGCCUUUCUGGCCAUUGCCGGCAAGCCGGGCGACUGCGACUUGGAUCCGUUUCGGCCGCAGAUGGCGUUUGCCAUCAUAAGGUUCGUCAACUUUGUCAACCACGCGUACCACGUGCGUGAUAGUCACCGCGUGCAGCCGAUAAGCAAGGUGACCGCCCAGCAGAACGUGCCGGACUGGGUGGUGGUGCUUCGGCAUGACGCGGCACACGGCGUCCUUCCGGCGGCGCACCUCCUCAGGCACGCGCUCACCGUCGCGCUCCAGUGGACAGUGACGAAUUACUGGCAGCUGUCGCCCGGCUCGACGGCGGGUCGGACCGAGUUGGACUCGCGGCGGCUAGCGCGUCUGGCGGCUGACCUGGCCGGCAAACGAGGCAGGCACCUGGACAAACAGCUGCUGCUCGACGGUCUGAGCUCGCACGCACUGCGCCGGCCGACGCUGAGUGUGGUCGCCGACGCCAUGGUGGCCUCGUAUAUAGCGACGUUCGGAGGUGGAACAGCGACUCUGCAGCGUCAGUUUAAAGUCACCCAGACGUGGCUGUCGGCUCUGCAGCACGUCAGUCGUGACGGCUUGCUGACGGAACUGCUAGAGUGUCUGCUGUCGCGCCGCCCGACCCCCGGCGACCGUCAGAGGCAGGAGUCGGCGGCCGCACUGUGGGUGCACCGGCUGCUAGCGGCGGCGCGACACACUGCUCAGGAAACGCCGCCGGAAUCUCAGCCGACCCUAGAGACGUCGAUGUGCGUGCUGCUGGCUUGCACUCUGAGGUCCUCCAAAGCACCCGUCCACUGGGACCACCUGCUGGCGACAGCACUGCGGCACAAGAAUGCCACCACAAUCCGACUUCUGCCGAUCCUGAUGGACGGCCUGUCGCCUCCGCUGUCGGAGCAGCGUCGUCAGCUGCUCAUGCAGCUGGUGAAGACGGCCACCGGUGACGCCUCUGCUCUGCCGCCGUCCCGACCUCCGGUCACCGUCAGUAAGGAGCAGCUACGUCGGCUCGGCGUCAGUCUGCCUGUCGAUGGUGAAGAUGCGACGCCAGCGCCGUCUGGUGGCGCGACCGUGGCGCCACCUACAGACGGCGACGGCAUGAUGUGGCGGCGAUGUGCUGACGGUCCCGAGUGGCAGGAGGCGACAGAGGUGGGCCGGUUGCCAUGGCAAUCUGCGACCCCAGUGCUUCUCGAUGUUAAACACUCGCCGACGACAGACUGGUCGUAGCAGCCGCCGCGCCGGUUGGAGAUAUCUUCCAGGGACUGAGCUGUGGUCUGAUGAAGAUGGGCUCGUUCGCCUUGGCUGUUGAAAUGCGAAGAAGCUCUGUGUUUUUGCGAGUGGUUUACUGUGGUGAAUGAUGUCAUAGCUGCGGAUAAUAUAUCUCUCCCGCCCAUCGCCAGAACGGCAGACAUUGAAGGUCCACGUGUGGGAAAAUAAGCUGUUUUUGGGACUUGUUUGACUUGUUUGUCGUAGAACCGACGUUGUUUUAGCCAUGCAACUGCCUGAAUACAUAUCGUUAAGUUUGUAA